CAGCGUACUCAAUGAAGUGAUUACCCAAUUAGGCCAGGCGGAUCGCGAUCCGCGGAGCUCGGAGCUAUCUCCUUUCCGCUUUGUUUCUUCCUGUCAGCACCUCAGCUCUGUCCUCUGACAUGUAACAACAUCAACCUACGGGUUCCUCUGUGCGAUGGCCCAUUGAUUCGUCUCACGCUUAUUGUGCCAACUGUCAUUGCGACCUGUCACUCCGUCCGUACCUCCGCGGCGUACUUCGUACCUGGAGUACGCUAUCAACAAACAACCACAACCACCAACACUCGCAAAUCAAUCCAACCCAGAACCAAAACAACAGAAAAUGACCUGGUACUCCAUCCUCCCUCCCGACCUCACAUACCUCGAAACCUGGGCCGCCCGAAUCUUCUUCAUCCUAGGCUUAACAACCCUCCUCCCCUGGACCGCGCUCCUCAUCUUCGACUUUGUGCUGUAUAUCGUGCGCAUGGCGCUUUACGAGAUGCCGGUUGUUGGGGGCCGGGUGAGAGGUGCGCAGAGACCUAGGGCGCCGAGUUUGAAUGAGAGGCCGGAUGGGGGUGCACGCAGGGUUUUUGUGUUGGGGCAGGGUGGUGAGAAGAAUGUUGAAGGUGAUGGAUUUGGAGAUGGUGAUCUUGAUGGAGAUGGGGAGGAUUAUCGGUAUCGGGAUGAGGGGGAGCGGGAGGGGAAGAAGCUGUGAUUCGGAUAAGGACUAGGAUGGGAUGGGAUGGGAUGGGAUGCUUGCAUGGCGUAUGGAUUUUGUUUGAUAUGUAUGAGAUACCCAUUGUGAUUCGUUUGUACGGAGUACUGUUGAUUAUUGUCUGUCGGUGCUUCGGGGCUUUGUCCAAUUGACUGCGCCGAAUUUCGGUGUUACUAUACCCUGCAGGUUAGUGAGAUGUAUUUAUUAGCAUGGCAUUUCAUCAUCUAUUUAGGUUCGUUAGAAGUUAUUGUAUUAAGA